AUGGCGGGUGAUGUGGGCCGGAGGCUCCUCAGCGUCACCGAGAAAAGGCAGCGCGCGGCGCGGAGGGAGCGGGGAUUACCCGCUGUUGUACCGCGUCUCGUGGCUGUCGGUAAGACCAAACCUCCGGCUCUUCUGAUCGAAGCUUACCGCCAUGGCCAGAGGCACUUUGGGGAAAACUAUGUGCAGGAGCUGGUGGAGAAAGCCUCUGAUAGUCAGAUUCUCUCCCUCUGUCCUGAAAUUAAGUGGCACUUCAUUGGACACCUGCAGAAGAACAAUGUCAACAAACUGAUGGGUGCUCCCAAUCUGUUCAUGAUCGAGACCAUUGACUCCAUCAAACUGGCCGAUAGAGUCAACCUCUCCUGGCAGAAGAAGCAAGCUUCACAUCGACUGAAGGUCAUGGUUCAAGUCAACACUAGUGAGGAGGACAGCAAAUAUGGUCUGUCUGCAGAGGACACGCUCGGGACAGUCAGGCACAUCUUUGACAAAUGUCCGAGUCUGGAGUUUGUUGGGUUGAUGACUAUUGGAAAAUAUGGUUAUGACCUGAGUCAGGGUCCCAAUCCAGACUUCCAGGUACUGGUGGCGCGCCGUAAGGAACUGUGCAGUAAAUUGAACCUGCCUCUGGAAGCAGUGGAACUGAGCAUGGGGAUGUCUACAGACUAUGAGCACGCCAUUGAAGUGGGUGCCACCAGUGUGCGGGUCGGAAGCGUCAUAUUUGGUGAACGGAUGUACCCCAAUAAACCAGGCUCUGACAAAGAGGCGGAUGAGCCUGAGAGAAUGGCUGGAGGAAUGGCUGCCAAAGUGCCUUGAACUGAAGGAGGGGGAAAGGGGGAGAGUAGAUUGUAAAAGGCUUGCUUAAAUCUACCCCCUGAACUGAACCUUUCACAGCAAGCCUUCGAUAUUGAAUCAUUUGUUCCGCAGACAUUGGUCUGAGAGUUUUUUCUUCCUGUCAAUGGGUGUGAAUAUGAUUGUGACUGUGCUGCUGUCUUCCAGGUGGCACCCCUUGAUUACGGCACUGACUGUGUUACUGUGUUUGCAGGAAACGGAGCAACUUUGUUGGACAUCUCCCCUGCUCAUUGCCAGAGCUCUGGAAACGUUCCAAAUGUUUAAUUCGUUUUUGAAAGUUAUUAAAUCUGUCUCAACAGUCCCUCCAGUCAGUACCCUCUAGAUCACAACAGCUUUGUCUAAAGAUCAUUUCACAUGUCCUUUUGCAGUCAGACAGCACAGAAAUAGGCCAACUGACUACCAAGCACCCAUUUUCCCUGAUCCCAUUUAAUUCUUCCCCCACAGCUCCAGAGACCAGGUUCAAUCCUGACCUUGGGUACUGUCUGUGUGGAGUUUGCACGUUCUCCCUGUGACUGCGUGGGUUUCCCCCGGGUGCUCGGGUUUCCUCCCACAUCCCAAAGACGUGUGGGUCAGUGUGUUAAAUGGCUGCUGUGAAUUGCCCUUAGUUGCCAGUACAACACCUGCUUCAGAACCCAGAUCUGGUUUCACCUGCUGUCCUGACUGCAGCCCAGUCUCACAUUAGGUUUCCUUUUUAAUUAAGAUGAAAGCCAGUUAGUGUUAUGUAGCUCUGACAGUUUAGUGUACUGAAGCAUUUGGUUGACAGUUGCUGGCUCACUCUGUCCAUUAGGAUUCCAACCUUCGAGGAUUACCUUGGAAUCUCUGGAAUUAGAGAAAAAUCUGCUGAACCAGGUGAGAAAAAUCUAGGGGGGCGGGGCAAAAGAGGCUUCGAAAGCUAAAUCAAAAAUAAAAUUGAGAGAUGGGGAAAUAUUGUGAUUUGAUUGGCUGGUGUGGGAGGUCAUGUGAUGCAACCUCAAAUGUCGAACCAGAACAAAAUCACUAGAAGCACUUUGCAGGUCAGGCAACGUUCAGGGAGAGAGAGAGAAAGUCGAUGUUUUGGGUCAGGGUUCCUUCAUUAGACCUGUUUCUCUUUCCACGGAUGUUGGCCAGCUGUUUUUAAUCCAGCAUUUUCUGCCUUUGGGAUCUGCAGUUCUUUUGCUCUAAUGUACCUAACCGGAGUCAGUGACUGAUGUGGAGAAGCAUUUGUACUCCCUCCUCCACCCAGCUGGAGGCAGUGGGGAGCACAUCUUGUAUAUUACCAGUUUGUAAUGGAUUGUUUUCUGACUCACUCAGAGGUAUAUUGUUGUUUAGACGAGGUUGGGGUAUUAAGUACAAACUAUUAGAAGAUGUGUGAAAGCCUGUUAUCUGUGACCUAACUAACACUUGAGUCCCAUCCACCAUCACCCUGUGCUCCCUGAACCAGGCUGGUUUCUGGUUUCCCAGUACCCUGAUUCAUCUGUUUGGGGAGGAAGUUGUACAACUAAGGACCUUGUUCAUUUUGAAAUUCUCUCUAAAGUUUACUGCUUUGACUAAGUUUUUGUUCAGUUGUCCUAAACUCCCUUCAUGUUGCUCGGUAUGAUUUUUGUUUGAUUAUAUUCUUUGGAAACAUCUUGAGACACUUUAUUACAUUAAAGCUGCUAUACAAAUACAGCUGCUUGAAUGAAUGCAUUGCAUCAACAGGCCUUUCUGUGUCACAGCUAAAAUAGUGGUCAGUUUGGCAGCGUGUGUGUGUGUUUAAUGGAAAGGACGGACACUGUGCUUUGGAGCAGUGGGGUUGGGCUUUACUUUGGUAGCUGAAUAAUUGCUUAGUUCAAUUGGAGUUGAAUGCAGAUUCUAACUUGCCAAUUAGAUAGCUGUACAGAUACACAACAAAGCUCCUUCCCUGUGCCAUCAACCAGUCCAGGUGAGUAUAGCAUUAGUUAGAUACUAAGAAAAGCUCCCUCACCGUCUUGUCUCGCAGGGCAUGUAUAACGUGAGGAACACUAGGAGCAGUAAUAGAGUAGCCAGGGGUGUGGCAGAGUAACCUUGAAUGGGCCUGGGGGCAGUAGGAAAGGAGGGAUUGUUGCUGUUGGUAGUAACAAAGGGUGGGGUAGCACUGUGGGCAGUAAUAUCUUGUGGAGGUAAUAAUGCAGGGGGACGGACAUGGAAAAUGUGAUUUUUUUUUAAUGUGCAACAGAAUGUUGGGUCUCAGUGAAUCCAAGCUGCUGCUGCUGCUGCCCAGACCAACACCAGAGGGCAGCAAUGGCUCACAGUGCACCAGCUGCAAACAAUGAGUUUCUCUGACUGGAUGGGGAAGGGUUCUAUAUCAUACAGAUAGUUACAAUUCAGAGGAGCAUCUUUAUGUUGUACAGUGUAAGUACCAGGAGAAAAGGACUUCAAGUUUUUGGGCAAUCAUUUAACUCUACCCGCUCAAAAUUUCUGUUCCCCAGUGUUGUGUUUUUGGGGGUAUUUAGUCACUAACAUUUUUCCCCUCUGGCAGGCUGUAACUGGUUGUAACUCCACUGACAUUUAUUUCUCUUUCAGUGCUCUGUGUCACUGACUUUGUUUCUACUGAUGUAUGUCCAGCAGUGUCACUCGGUGACCCCCCUCCCCCAGCGCCGCACGUUACUGAUCGUAUCUCUGCUGAUAGUAAAUCCAGUUCUUCCAGUAAGUUCUCGCUCCCAGCUGCCUGUUAUUAAUUGUAACUCUAUUGAUAAUAAUUCAGCACCCUCACAGCAACAUUUCUCUCUCCCCUUUCCCUUUGCCUCAGUGCCCUGUGUCACUACUGGUGUUGGUCCAGCUCCCUCACUGUCCCUCUCUCCCAGUGUUAUUGUAUCUCCACCAAUACUGAUCCAGCUCCCUCAGUGACCUCUCAGUGUGUCUGUGUCAUUUACUACUCCUCAACUGACACUAAAACAGCUCUCUCAGUAACUCCUCUAUUGCGACUGUAACUACAUUGACAUUAAUCCAGCUCUCUCACGUCAGUUAGUAAACCCUUUCCCCCAGUGCUGUAUUACUGACUGUAACUCCACUGAUAAUCCAGCUCCUUCACAGUAAUCCCUCUCUGCCAUCCUCCUGUUUCUGAUUUUAACUCUGUCAGUAUACAACGCCCACACUCCCCAGAACCCUAUCCUGCUGAUGACUGUUAUUCCUGUUCUAACUCUAUAGACCCGCAGGAUCAAGGAUUGAUUAUGAGCACAGGGCUGAGCUGUUGUUGGUGAGUGGUGGGGGCUCCAAAUCAAAGAGCCUUACAGCACGGAAACAGGCCCUUCGGCCCAACCUGUCCAUGCUGACCAAGAUGCCUGUCUAGCUAAUCCCAUUUUCCUAUAUUUGUCCCAUAUCUCCUGUUCCUUUCCUAUCCAAGAACAUGUCCAAGUGCUGUGAUGUACCUGCCUCAACCACCUCCUCUGACAGUUCAUUCCAUAUACCCACCACCCGAGGCUUGAGGAAGAGCAAUCAAAUUGACGUUAAUGUGUGGCCUGAUAUGUCACUUCAAUUUCUCUAAACUCUAACAAAUUUAAGUUGUGCAUUGCAUGUAAAAUGCUUUGGGACAUCCUGAGGUAAUGAAAGAUGCUAUAGAAAGGUAGGUUCAUUCUUUCUGUAUCGUGUUGCAGGAUGCUUCUGUGAGGUGAUGUUAGUUUCGGGCACGGGCUUGGAGAGGGGGUGGCAGCUGGUUACAUUAUGUAUGUGAGCUAAUUGAGUGGGAGGUGGUCAGUGUGGAACGUAGAACAGUCCAGCACAGGACGGGCCCUUCAGCCCACAGUGUUGUGCCAACCUAUAUAAACACCUACUCCCUGAUCAAUCUAACCUUUUCCUUCUACACAGCCCAUAACCCUCCAUUUUUCUUACUUCCAUGUGCCUAUCUAAGAGUCUUUUAAAUGUCCCUAUUGUAUCUGCUCCAGCACCACCCCCGGCAGUGUCUUCCACGCACCCACCACUCUGUGUAAAAACAAAACCUACCUCUGAUCUCUCUCUUAAACUUUCCUCCUCUGACCUUAAACGGAUGUCCUCUAGUAUUGGCCAUUGCUGCCCUGGGGAAAAGGUGCUGGCUGCCCAUUCUCGUCUCUGCCCCUCAUGAUCUUGUACACCUCUAUCAAGUCGCCUCUCAUCCUGCAUCACUCCAAAGAGAAAAGCCCUUGCUUGCUCAACCUUUCCUCAUAGGACAUCCAGGCAGCAUCCUGGUAAAUCUCCUCUGCACCCUCUCUAAAGCUUCCACAUCCUUCCUAUAAUGAGACUACUGGAACUGAACACAAUACUCCAAGUGUGGUCUAACCAGAGUUUUAUAGAGCUGCAACAUCACCUCGUGGCUCUUGAACUCAAGAUCCUGACUAAUGAAGGCCAACACACCACAUGCCUUUUUAACCACCCUAUCAAUUUAUGUGGCAACUUUGACGGAUUUAUGGACUUGGAACCCAAGAUCGCUCUGCUCCUCCACACUGCUAAGAAUCCUGCCAUUAACCUUGUACCUGGAUUGCAGAGGAAUUCCUGGACAAACUGGACAAACUGGACAUAGUUUUGAGAUAAGAUGUUAAAACAGUAGCUCCAAUGGUGCAGAACCCCCUCAGUACUGCCCCUCCCACAGUGCGGCACUCCAUCAGUACUGCCCCUCCCACAGUGUCACCCUCCCUCAGUACUGCCCCUCCCACAGUGACAUUCCCUCAGUACCACCCCUCCCCCCAACCACAGCACUGUACUCCCUUGGUAUGUGCAGGGAAUGCCAUCUGUACACAUGAAGAGGUGUCCUGCCUCACCGUGUCCCUCAACGAAAGGCCAGUGCAGUUGCUUCCAGAUUAGUAACCUGGGAUAAGGUAUGAAGCAGGAAUCUGUGAUAAGAAUUCAAGUGGCUGGCAUGGAACAUAAGCACCAGCAUGCACUGGUUGGGCCAAAUGGCCUUUAUCUAUGGUACAAAUUUUGUUGUGAAAAUUUAUGAAAAUUGAAAAUCAUCCACAUUUUAGAAAUGGCAUGAUGAUUUAUCACUGUGGGAUUCCAUCCACUCGGCAGUGGUGCUGCUGCAGUGUGACAUGUUCACAUAGAGAUCCUCCAUGAUCAAUCUGAACUCUGAUUCAUUCAUGUUUCUGGUCAGUACUUCUUGACCUCUGAACUGAGGAUUUGUCAACAAAUGUCCCAUAUAAAUGAAAGAAAAAGCUGGAGACCCACAUUUCUAGUCAGGAUGCCCACAGACUUUACCACUGACAAUUUCCACCCCCUCAAAGUUCAAACAUCAGAGAAGGCUGAAAACCCAAAAUAAAAACAGAAAAGGCUACUUUGCAGCAGGUCAGGCAGCAUCUGUGGGGAGGGGAACAGAGCUUCAUCAAAUGGAGGGUUAAUUUUUUUUAAAAUUUUUAAAUUUUAUUUACAGCAUGGUAACAGGCCCUUCCGGCCCAACGAGUCCACGCCGCCCAUUUUAAACCCAUAUUAACCUACCUGUACGUCUUUAAAAUGUGGGAGGAAACCGGAGCACCCGGAGGAAACCCACGCAGACAUGGGAGAACGUACAAACUCCUUACAGACAGCGGGAAUCGAACCCCGAUCGCUGGCGCUGUAAUAGCGUCGCGCUAACCGCUACGCUACCAUGCUGCCCCCAACGCUACCGUGCCGCCUCUUCUCUUGGCACAGAUGCUGCCUGACCUGCUGAGAAACUCCAGCAUUUUGUGUCUCUACUUACUUACCAAUAACCUGCUGACUAGAACCAGGGAUCAGUCUCAAAGUAAGGUGUGGGUCAGUCACAGCUUAUUGCAGACAGAGCUCGGUAGGUUUCUGGGUAUAAAGUAGGGAUGUGGGGAGGGGGCAGUAAAACUGUGUUUGAGGGAGAUCGGGCAUGAUCUUGAUAAAGAACGGAUCAGGGUUGAGGGGCCAGAUGGUCUCCUCCCAUUCCCACUUCUUGGUUCUCAUGUUCUUGAACGUGAAGACAUGCACGUCUUCAGUCUCGCUCACAUGCUUUGGCAUACCAGGUGCAUGUAGUUUGUGGAUGUAGAAAAGGGAUAUAAACCUGUGAUUGGCAAUUGUCACUUCCCUGGUCUUUGAAAGGCCCUUUGUGAAUAGCAUGGAGUGUUUCUUUUGUGAUUUAUUGAAUUUAACACCACGGUUGGGCAGGAGGAUUGAAGGAAAUGUUUUACAGAUGUGCUUUACGUUGCAUAAAACUCUUAAAAUUUA